GCUUUGGGAACGAUAGGCGUUCCGAAGGGGCGAAUGCGGUCUCGCUCGCAGUGUUUUCAAAUCGCGAGGAAUCCUAAUCGAAUCUCUUUAGCUCGCUUAAAAAAACUACUGAAUUAAAAUCAUCCACUACCGAAACUAUUAAAAAGCAUUGAUUUUACGUCAGUCUGCCUACAUUGAAAGGGCCUACGACGCGUUAAAAUCCCAACCCCAUCCCUCAAAAGAGAUUUCCUCUCGGCGAGCAUUAAAACGAAAAAAAAAUCUCCUCAUACGCAUACCUGCGUACUAUCGUUGGACGAGGGGUAGAAGAACGACCUCGUCCUUUUCGUGGCCUUAGCCGAGCUCCUCGAAUCCGGCAGGCAGGAUUUAGCCGCGGGCGAACGAUGAGACCGCAGUCGACCAGUUAGGGUUAGCUCCGGUGUUCACGGCGGAAUCAAAAUGGCGGAGCCAUGACGGAGUUCCGUCAGCGUGUGUGUGCCUUCGGUGAGCGACUGUGCCGGCGCAAGUCGAGCCCCAUGGAUACGUGAUCGUGCCCGACGCCCAGGAGCCCCCGGCGGAAGCAUGAGGGAAGAACGGUCGGCCCGUUCACGGACCAAGGCCCGCGAGAAAGCCCGCAGCCCCGAGGAGAGCGGCAGCCGCCGCGAGAGCAAGGCGAGGCAUUCGUCACAGAGCAGCGGACACCGCAAGCACAAAAAGAGUCAUCGGGCGCACCGGCGGAAGCAUGCGACGCGGGAUUCCGAUCGGCCCAUCGUGGCCACCAAGCCUCUCGUCGAGUACGACGACGUCAGCUCCGACUCGUCGCUGUUCUCGGACGAGGGCGACCACCACUCGUACCCCGCGUCCCCUCCGCCGCCGCCACCGUCGUCGUCGAGCCGGCACGCCGCUGAACGGACUUCGGAGCGUGCCGAAAGCAGCAAGCGUCGCCACUCGUCACGACGAAACAAGUCGUCCAACGACACCAAGGAGAGCUCGUCGCGGUCGAGCCGGCGCAACCACAGCGACCGGCCGCCGUCUCCGCCGCCGCCGACGUCUUCCUCCAAGUCGUCCCGGGACUAUGCGUGCGCAGUGCCCAACACGUACUAUGAGCGCGACGUGGUCAAAGACUACGCGUCGAGUCGGACGUUCAUGGGUCCCUACAGGGACGCGGUGCUGGACGGUUACUACGCGACGGCGCACGGCAUGCCCGACUCGCACGACUGUUACGGGGGCGGCAGGUCGAGUCGCAAGCGGUCCCUGUCGCCGGACCACCCGCGCGCCUACAAGAGUGCCCGGAGUCCGCCGAGCUCGCCUAGUCCGCCGCCCCGGCCCGCCAAGCGCCGCAAGUCGCCCUCCGACGCUCGGGAGAAGGACCGGCCCCGCAACUAUUCGCCCAACAACUCUAGUCUGUACACGUCGCGCAAGAGUUCCGCGUAUUCCAGAAGUCGUAGCAAGAGUCCCGUCAGGUCACGGCGGUCGCGCAAGUCGCGAAGCCGCACGCGAAGCCCGCCCCCCUCUAGGUCACGGGGAGGCGGGGGCCUCCCCGUGACCUGGCGCAAGUCGCCUCUCUCGAGCCCACCGACAUACCAGCAGCACCGGCGGCGCGAGCGCAGCCCCAGCUACGAAACCAAAUUUGCCUCGACCAGCCUGGGCGCCGAGCUGCGCAAGCACCGCAAGGGCCGCGAGCUCGAGAAGAGCCGGCGCGCCACGGGCGGCACCCCCAGAGACCAGCAGCAGCAGCCGCCGCCGCCUCCCCCGCCGCUGCCCCCUCCCCCACCCAACGGCCCGAGCGACGCCCCCCUCCCACCGCCGCCCCCACCCCUUCCCUCAGAUUCGCAACACCCUCCCCCUCCUCCCCCGGAGGUCCCGCCCCCGCCUCCGUUGCCACCACCCCCCGUAGCCGACGCACCCCCUCCUGCGGAGGUGGCCAAACCGAGGACCCCCUCGCCGCCAUCUUCGGAGGCGGAGUCCUCGCCGGAAGAGACGGCCGCCCUGGCGGUGGACAGCGACCCCGGCGGCGCCGACAACAACGGCGUGCCGGAGGAAGAGGAGGAGGCCAGCGAGGACAGUGGCCGCUCGUCAGUGGAACGGAUGGUGACGAGCCCCGUGGUGGCGGCGCCCGUGGCCCCGCAGCGGCGGAGCAUCAAGGAGCUGCCGAUGCCUCCGGGCAUGAAGGUGGAGGAUGUGAUGUCGCCCGAGACGGCGGACAGAGACGAAGGGUCGUCGCCCACCCCCCAGCAGCAGGCCACCACCAUGGCCACCCAGCAGGCGGCAGCCAUGGCGGCGGCGGCCUCUGCCUCGGGCACCACACCAGCCGAGGCAGCCCUGGCAGCGUCGCUGCAGGUGUUCCGGAGGCCCAGGAUCCUCAACAAGCCUCCUUCGGACGACGACCGCUUCCCCAACUGGGGUGAGCGUUGCGUAGACGUCUUCGACAUUGUCUGCCAAAUCGGCGAGGGCACCUAUGGGCAGGUCUACAAAGCCAAAGACAAGGACACCGGGGAGCUGGUGGCCCUGAAGAAAGUGCGUCUGGAGAACGAGAAGGAAGGCUUCCCGAUCACGGCGGUGCGGGAGAUUAAGAUCCUGCGGCAGCUGAACCACCCAAGCAUUGUGAACCUCAAGGAGAUAGUGACGGACAAGCAGGACGCCCUGGACUUCAAGAAGGACAAGGGGGCCUUCUACCUGGUCUUUGAGUACAUGGACCACGACCUCAUGGGCCUGCUGGAGUCGGGGCUGGUGGAGUUCAAUGAGCUGCACGUGGCCUCCUUCAUGAAGCAGCUGCUUGAGGGCCUGAGCUACUGCCACCGCAAGAACUUUCUCCACAGGGACAUCAAGUGCUCCAACAUACUCAUGAACAACAGGGGCCAGAUCAAGCUGGCAGACUUUGGGCUGGCCCGCCUGUACAGCGCCGAGGACAAGUCCCGCCCCUACACCAACAAGGUGAUCACGCUCUGGUAUCGGCCCCCCGAGCUGCUGCUGGGCGAAGAGCGCUACGGACCGGCCAUCGACGUCUGGAGCUGCGGGUGCAUCCUGGGCGAGCUGUUCACCCGUAAGCCGGUGUUCCAGGCGAGCCAGGAGAUGGCGCAGCUCGAGUCGAUCAGUCGGGUGUGUGGCACCCCAUGCCCGGCCGUGUGGCCCCGGGUCAUCCAGCUGCCCCACUGGGCCACCUUCCGGCCCAAGAAGCAGCACCGGCGGCGCCUGAGGGAGGACUUCUCCUUCCUGCCCCCCCACGCCCUGGACCUGCUGGACCAGAUGCUCGAGCUGGACCCCGAGCGCAGGAUCACGGCCGAGGCCGCCCUCCGGGGACCCUGGCUGGCGCCCGUGCGCCCCGAGCGCAUGCCGCCCCCUGACCUGCCCCACUGGCAGGACUGCCACGAGAUGUGGUCCAAGCGGAGGCGGCGGCAGCUGCGGCUGGAGCAGGACAUGGCGGCCUCUUCGGGAGGCCCCCUGCCCUCCCAGGGCCUGCCCAUGAACCUGGGGGCCAGAGGGGGCAGCUCUGGGGGCAACAGCCAGCCAGCCACCCUCCCGCCCCCGCAGGACGGCGAGGGCUCGGGGGGCAGGCCCUCCGGCCCGGCCUCCGAGCGGGACGAAGCGGAAAGUUCCAAGUUGGCCGACGGUCCGGAGAGCAACGCUGCGUCGGGUGUGAACAGUCAGCAGCUGCAGACGAACCUGAACACAAUCACGGCUGCCUUCCAGAAGCACGAGACGCUGAGCAUUGCCCAGCUGGCCCAGCUACUUAACAUUAAGGUGGACACGUCCACCCGGCAGCUUCUGGAGAACCUGAACAUGCAGCUGCUGCUGGCGGCAGCUGCCAAGCAGGCCCAGAAGGUGCAGAUGGCGAGCCACCAGUACCGUCAGCAGACGGCGGCAAACAUGGUCGCCGCCACCAAGGAGGCCGCCCAGCCGCCGGAGCCGCCUGACCCCCUCGCCGCCGUGGGGGGCAGCAACAACAACAGCGGCGGCGCCAACAGCAACCCCGAAGAGAUGGCGCCGCGUUCGUCGAGGUACUCGCAACCACCGCCACCGCACGGGCAACAGCUGCAGCAGCUGCAGCAACAGCCUGCUCAUCCCCAGCAUCAGAUGCAACCUCAGAGGUUGCAGCAGCCGCAACAACCACAGCAGCAGCCGCCGCCACCGCCUCAGCAGCAGCAGUUGGCCGGACAGAGGAGGCCGGGCCUACCUCUGGAGUCUCCCACGCGGAUGGCGAAGUGGAAAGAGGGACCGCCCCCUCUCCUACCGCAGCCCAUGGAAACCCGGCGACCCUCGGCCAGCCCCGGACACUACCCUCCGGGGGGACCGCUCCAGCCCGAGCCCCACUCGAGGAGCGCCCAGCGGAGGCCCGACGCCGGUGCGCGUCCCCCGUCCCCCCCGGCUCCCAGCAUCGUCCCAUCAAGGACGGAGGGCCCCCCGUUGCACCGGGGGCCCGAAGAGAGCCCGCCCCCGUUUGAGCCCCUGGCGGCACCCCCGCCGGGCGGGGGGCCGCACCCCCCCAACUACACAACGUCGGGCGUCAAGGCAGCCCUGGCCCAACUGCUGGAAGCGCAGGGCUUUCGGGUGAAGAAGCCCGGCCACUCAGAUGCCUCGGGCAGGGUCUUCAAGAACAGCAGUGCCAGCUGAGUGCUCCAAAGCCGCCCAGGGGUCCUCCACCAUGGAGUCCUUGACGUAGCUGUCGACGCCUCCUCCGAAGCGGGGCGACUGGAACUGCGACCGCGGCGACGACACCCAACUCGAGUCUCUGGAGCCCGACGACUGGCCACGGGAGAGGGGAGACACAGACGCCAGGGUGAAGAAGCAGCGAGGAAGCGGAAAUAAAUGGCGGGCCCCAAGACGCACGAAGGGUGCCCACUGCCGCAGUGGGGGAAGCGGGUUGCCCCCCCUCCCCGAUUUGUUGAGGGUGUGCGAGGCAGGUGGCCCCAACCGGUAGCACAAAGGUUUGUAGGACCAGGUGGCCUCUUGUUUUCUCGCGCAAGUUGUCCGCACGGCAAGGCACAUUGAAAGGGGUUGUUAAGUCGCCGGACAGACAUCUAUAUUUAAUUAGGUUUCCUACUUGCUUUCCGAGGGAAGAAACGGCGUUGUAGACGACGGCAUUGCCAACAAACGCCGUUGAAGCCAAUUUUGUUUUCACCUCCGAGCUCAGUUGUUGCUACAGGUUAUUCAUAGGGCAUUCUGGGAAAGUUAGUGGGAAAAAUCUGGGCCUGUGGGUAGACUUUGUAACUUUAGCUAGGUAGUUCGCGGGUGCGGCAUUUCUUUGAAAGCCACGCACCACAGGGUCGAUGCAAAGCGUGUUUGUGUGUGCGCGCGGGUGGGGUGUGUAUGCAACGACCGUUGCCGGACUUUUUUGUGUUGCAAUAGCUCGCCGUGCGGGUUUUCCCUCUUCACGGCCACAUGUGAUACCGCCGUUGAAACAAGUGCAGCGAAUGUGGACACUAUAUCGACGUGUUUGAAAAACGCGCGCGCGCGAUUUUUCUUUUUGUGCGCUAGGAAUGGGAAAUGCCAAGGAUGUGUACGCGUAUGUUUUGUGUGUACGUUAAUCUAAAUAAAUAGAAUCAAGGUCGA